AUGGUUUAUAAGUUUGCUCAUGACAAUGACUUGGGGAUUUUUGCUAUCAUUGAAACUCGGGUGAAGGAGGUGAACUGUAAAAAAUUUGCAGAUGGAUGGAAAGGUUGGUAUAUGUUUGAAAAUUAUCAGUUUGCCGGAAAUGGUAGGUUGUGGUUAAUGGUGCGAGAGGAUUUGCAAGUUCAAAUACUAAGCAAGUCUGCUCAAUUUAUUCAUCUUCUGCUCAAUGUGCCUAAAGGAGUUGGCUGGAUUGCGGUAACUUUUGUCUAUGCUUCAAAUGAUAUGAUGGAGAGAAGGUUGUUAUGGCAUGAUCUGCACGUCGUCGCCGGAAGCAUGAGUCACAGUUGGGUGUUGUUAGGAGAUUUCAAUGCUGUAAAGGAUAUAAAAGAGGUCAAAGCAGAUGGGAGGGAAAUUGCCAUGGAUCAAAGCAUGCGGGAUUUUGCGGACUUCAUGAAUUCAGCUGAACUCACUGAUCAUACCUCCAUUGGAUGCUACUAUACGUGGAGCAACAAAAGACAAGAGGGUUUCCAAGCAAGGAAGAUUGAUAGAGUCUUGGUUAAUGGAAAGUGGCUUCAAGGGCAAAUAGCCUCCACCGUUGAAUUCCUCCCUCCUGGUAUCUCUGGCCAUUGCCCAGCUAUGUUGAAAUUUGGUGAAAAGGAGAGUACAGGCCCUAAGCCAUUCAAAUUCUUUCAUUUCUGGACUGAACAUCCAGAGUAUAUGGCACUGGUCAGGCGAGUCUGGACAGAGGCUCAGGAAGGUACUCCAAUGGAAGUGCUUUACAAAAAGCUGAGGAGCCUCAAGAUGCAUCUAAAGGAUUUCAACAGAACUGAAUUUGGGAAUGUACAUACACGGAUAAACGAUUUGCAGUCUGAGCUCGCCCAGGUUCAAGCUACGUUGCUGGAUAGUGAUUGUAUGCCUCCUGAAUUGAUCAAAAAGGAGGUGGACUUGCGGGUAAAGCUCCUAGAAGCAAUCAACAGGGAGGAGAAGUUUCUCAGACAAAAGUCUAGAGUAGCAUGGCUAAAAGCGGGAGAUCAGAACACCUCUUUUUUCCACAAAGCAGUAAAAGGUAGACAUGCUCGAACUACCAUACGAGCCCUAUACUCUACUUCUGGCGCCAAGUUAGAAGGAGUGCAGGAAAUUAAGGACGAAGCAAUAAAUUUCUAUCAAGGCCUCCUGGGGAAAAAGGAUGAUUGUAUUGGGGGGAUCUCGACAUCUCAGCUUUCUCCCAUACUUAAACGGAAGGUUCCUCACUUAAAACGUCAAAUGCUUAUGCUGCCUAUUACAGAUGAGGAGAUUAAAGUUGCCUUGUUCUCGAUGGGGAAUGACAAGUCACCAGGGCCUGAUGCUACACAGCAUAUUUCUUUAAACAUGCUUGGCAAAUUGUUCAGAAAGACUUCACUAAUGCUGUGCAACACUUCUUCUCCUAAGGAAAGCUUCGAAGAGAGGUAA